AUGGACGUGCAAGUGGACAACCGACCGAUGCGUUCACGUGUGAACCCCCGCGCGAGCGUCUUUCGGGCCGUGUCGGUCUGCAAGCGCUUGUGCUCCCCCCUGUCCACUCCAUCCCCUCCUCCCCCUCCUCCUCUGGCCACUACAACGACGCCAGCGGCCCCGUCGGCCACUGCCAUUGACAGUGUCAAUCUGUCGUCUGCCCUGACGGCGCUCAAGGUGUCGCUCAAGCGCGACUUGGACAGCUUCGCGCCGCCCACACCUGCUGUCUCGCCCGUCCACGGCCGCAGCGCUGCCAAACGCACCUGCUUUGGCUUUGACGAGCGCGCGACAUUGGACGCCCAAGACGUGGCCAAAAGCGGCCGGACAGCAGCCGCAGCGACAACGGCCCCGCAGACUGUGAACGCCCUACUGGCCGUGAGCACCCGCAUCAAGUUUGAGCUGGAGAAGCGGCGACGCUGCGCCCGCGCGCCCAAGCCCGAGCCUCGUCGGAGACAGCAGCUGAGCUACUUUGCCAUUGUCGGCGCCUUCCAGCGCGCUGCCCACGAGCGGAAAGUCGCGAUGCAGCUCGAGUACGUCGUCGAGACGUCGACCGAGUGA